UUCCGAACAGAUUCGAGAAUGCAUCGGCUGAGAUCGAAGUUGGAGCCGCUAAAUUACACCAGCAGUGCUGUAACGACUCAGGUUACAGUAUUAGGAAGGAGCCGGAGUCUAAUUUAGCCGUGUAGAGGAAUUGUGGUAGUGCUUCCCGUGGUCUGAUCUCUUCAGCCAAGCGAUUGGAAAAGUUACCAAUGACGUGAGCAAUGCGCGAAAAGUUUGCAUGGGAGGAACGUCGCCGAGAGUUUCAUGCUGUUGAUAGCUGCCACUGAUCGUCCGCACAUCUGGAAUCUUUGAAGGGCGUGCUGAGGCACAUGGCCUUGUGCUCUGAACGCUUGGCAGCCGAGGGAUGUUUUGAAGCAACACUCAGCAUUCUCCUCUUAUUGAGGGGGAGCUAUUCCGGGCUGGUUCUGCUCCCUCUAUCGUUAUUCUUCAUUUCAUUAUUAGAUUUCCUUUCAGUUAUCUAGGAUUUCUCUUAGUCAUUGUGAAAUUUUUAAUUAAAUAACAUCAACUAAAGAAAACCUACCACGUCUAUAAUUGGAGUCUAUUACACAAUGAUUUAUAUAUAAAAAUAUUAAAGAUAAAGCAAACAUAAAAGCCUCCAAAAGAAUGAAUAGUUCAGGAAAAAUAGUGAACCCCUCAAGUAGGAUGAAGGAAGGACAACAGAUGAGUUUAAUGCUGGCAAUAUUAAAAAUAAAGAAUUGCAUUCAAGAUGGAUGUGUUUGUUUCGGAAGUUAUUUUUGUGGCAACUCGACGCUGUUGUUGGUCGGGGAUGCGGAGUGUAGUGCUUUGCUUGACUGUCAAUGAACUAACUGACUGGUUGAUGGCCCUCAGGAAAUUUAUAUAGAUAACGAUGAUAGACCUGUUGGCUGUGUAUGUUGUGAUUCCGAUGUCAGUAUCCCGUCAGUGUUGCCAUAAUUGAUUUCUCAUUUGUGGUCGUCUGGAGUUGUUUCGAAUCGGAUUCUGGAGCUCUUAGUUCAAGGUUGGUCUUCACGUUGUAAAGUUCAAGAGUGUAGUCAAUCCGUGGACUAACUGGGAAUUCUCUUUCGAACUUGUAGGCCGAAAACUUCUGAAAUCAAUUUCGACAGGUAUGUUUUUAUGAAUCUGUAAACCAGCUGGGAAUAGAAACAGGGGGAGUUAGGAUGUAGGAUGCUCAACUGGUGUUUGUGAAUGCGCCGACGAUGACUGUACCUGUGGACAUUCCGCGGCGUUGCGAGAGCUUGAGACAACCGUCUCAGCUUUCCAUCUCUCCUGCCGCUUCUUUCCCAUCCCGAGGCAGUUUCUUCCGUGCUCAGACCAUUAAAAAUGACCACUUACUCUUGCACUCCCCGAGUCAUGAUUUUGUGACCUCUGCAACAAAGCCACUCAUACAAUCGGAUGCGGAAAAAGAUGGAUAUGGUGAUCCUCGUGACGAGAAGAAACGAGGAGCGGGUGAUGACGGGGCGGCACUCUUACUGCAGACUCCAUCUCUGCCGCAUGAGGUCGUUCGCCAGUGCUGGAUUGCGGGGCCUAUGAUUUGCGUGAACCUUUUGCAAUACUCCAUUACCGUCUUGUCUGUCAUGUUUGUCGGUCAUCUUGGAGAGCUGGAACUAGCAAGCGCUUCUAUUGCUAAUUCUGUCGCUGGCGUCAUGGGCUAUUAUGUAUUGCUGGGAAUGGGGAGUGCGCUAGAAACGCUGUGUGGACAAGCACACGGGGCAGCUCAGUAUCAUAUGUUGGGAGUGUACCUCCAGAGAGCGUUUCUCGUGUUAUUCACAACCUGCAUUCCCCUUUCAUUAGUGUUUUUAUACAUGGAAAACAUUCUAUGUGUAGUUGGUCAAGACCCUGAAAUUGCGAAAAAGGCAGGGGAAUAUGCCUUGUACCUCCUCCCGAGCCUGUUUGGCUAUGCUCUUAUGCAGCCUGUGGUGAAAUUCCUACAGACGCAGAGUAUCAUUCUUCCAAUGGUGCUUUGCUCUGUCGCAACACUGACUCUACAUGCCAGUAUUCUUUACAUAUUUAUUUAUACUCUGGGAUUGGGGUUCCGUGGGGCAGCUAUUGCGACGAGUUUGUCGAUCUGGGUCAAUGCGAUUCUACUUAUCUUGUACGUGAAGCUCUCAGGGGCGUGCGAGAAAACAUGGAAGACAUUCUCUAGGGAAGCUUUCAAUCACCUCCACGAGUUUCUUAGACUCGCUAUUCCUUCAUGUGUCAUGAUAUGUUUGGAGUAUUGGUGUUUCGAGAUACUCGUGAUGGCAGCCGGUCUUUUACCAAAUCCCCAACUUGAGCUCUCUAGUCUUUCAGUCUGUUUGAGCACAAUUACAUUAAAUUAUAUGAUACCUUUUGGACUUAGUGCUGCUGCAAGGUGUUGUGAGAGGUUGCGGCAUUCAGGGGUUGGGAGCCAUGAUCAACUUGUGGACUUUUUAUGGCGUUGGAGUUCCAACUGGUUUAAUUCUUGCUUUUUAUUUCAAGUUCGCUGGCAGAGGUCUUAUCAUAGGAUUGCUCUGUGGAUUGGGAACACAGAUGCUUACUCUCUUCAUUGUUAUAUUCCAAAUUGAUUGGAACAAGCAGAUUGAGGUUGCAUCUGGACGCCUGAAAUAUGCCAAGUUAGAUACCAAUGAAAAAGCUAUAAAUGACAUCAUGUAAGCUUACGUAUGUUUCAAAUUUUGUUCGACAGAAAUAUUAGUGUGUAACUUAUUAUGUGUAAAACACAUGAAUUCCAAUCAGUUUUACUACUAAGUAGACCAUCUUCGUGAGAACUGAACUUAUUUUCUAAAUAUUCCUUGGGAAAAGUCUCAUUAUUCCUCCUUUCUAUGGUAAUCAACUAUCUAUAGUCAGUAUUCUUUUAAUUCUCAACAAUUGUACCUUAAAUUAUUUUUGUUACUUUUGCAUAUGAAAUACAUAUCCAAUUCAAUGUCA